UAUUGGUGCAGUAGUAAUUAAGUUGAGUGAGAGGAAAUGGGGCUUGUGGGAAUCUGGGCGGCCAUUCUCAUGACGCCUUGUGCAUAUUUCUGGAGGAGGAAAUGGAAUUUACUUGACCUAGUCACAGCAGCGAUGUUCACGUCGAUCCAUGUCCUUUGUUUAUUUGCGCCGUUUCAUUUCAACUGGCCUGCGUUUUACCUGGCAUUGGCUCUCGCAUUUGCCACCACCUUGGGAGUAACUCUUUGUUACCAUAGAAACCUUGCGCAUAGGAGUUUCAGGCUUCCCAAGUUUCUCGAGUACUUGUUUUCCUAUAUGGCUGUUCUUUCGGCUCAGGGCAGUCCAAUUGAGUGGGUGAGUACACACCGCUACCACCACCAAUACACAGAUACAGAGAACGAUGUUCAUAGCCCUCUCAAGGGUUUUUGGUUUAGUCACAUGGGAUGGAUUCUCGAUAGCAAUAAGCGCUUCAGAAAAUAUGGAGGACUGAAGAAUGUUGAAGAUUUGAAAAUGCAGCCAUUCUAUAGGUUUCUUCAUCAUACGUUUCUUCUACACUCGUUUAUUCUUGGACGAAUUCUAUAUGCCCUUGGUGGGUUUCCCUUCAUUGUUUGGGGAAUGGACCGAAUGGGAGUGAGGAUGCUAGUUGUUUUCCAUGGCACCAUGCUAGUAAAUUCGGCCUGCCACACAUGGGGGUAUCAAGCAUGGAAUACCGGUGAUCUAUCUAAGAACCUUUGGUGGUUGGGAGUGCUUGGAUUAGGAGAAGGAUGGCACAACAAUCACCACGCUUUCGAAUACUCGGCUCGACAAGGACUCGAAUGGUGGCAGAUUGACGUGACUUGGUACGCCAUAAAAUUUCUUGAAGCUCUAGGAUUGGCAAAAGAUGUGAAACUACCAUCCGAAGCUCAUAAGAAACGCAAAGCUUUAGAGACCAGAACAACGAUGGUUUCUCAUGAAAUAAGCCACGAAGAUGAAUUAGUUUGCUUAAUUUGCUAAUAAUGGACAGCUAAGUACUACCCUCUAAUCGUACGUGUGUCCUACUUCAUUUUAUGUGCGUUCUGAUGAUGAAGAUUCUUG